AUGGCAUGCAAUGAUGUAAAUAUAAACUGGGAGAUUAAGAAGGUGUUGACGGAAAGCGACGUUCUAGGAGUAACGUGCAGAUUACUUGUUGGGAAAAAGUGUGCCGAGGCAUUUGUUGUUCCAAUAUUUGGCCGUGAUGAUGUUGAGAAUGGUGUAAAUGUCAAGAUAAGGGAUUAUGACACUCAUUCUGUUCAUUAUCUUGUUUUCAAGAAAUGUUCCUCCAGAAGCUAUGGUUUCGGCCGCAAUUGGAUGAAAGAAUUUGUAAGUAGAAGAGGGUUAAAGGGAGGCGAUAUGAUCGGUCUUCACUGGGAUCAAAACAACCAACAAUUCAAUUUCUCGGUCAUCGAAGCCAAUUAA